AAAAAAAAAAAAAAAAGUAUCGAGUAGGAUGCAGUUUUGUUCAUUUCAACACUAUUGAUAGAAAGCACGGGUAACAAGAAGAGUUCGCAACAUUGUGGCUGAGAGUGAGCCCACCCGGGAUAGCGUGUGCUUUAUGAUUUUAUAUUGGAAGACCAGAGAGGAACGGUUCAUCCCUGCAUUGUAUUUGUAUGUGUGUUUAUGGCUUUGAUCGCCCCGGAUCGGAGUAGCAAACUCGCAACAGCAUCACGCAUUACUGAGAACACAACGAGCACAAUGCAGCGGAAAGAAGCCGAGUUCUCCACAGACGGGCUGCCCAGAGCUUUCCUGCAAAGCCUCCGGACUCUGUUCGAUAUUCUGGACGACAGCAGACGGGGGUACGUGCACAUAUCGGAAAUUGAGUCCAGAUGGCAGGGCGCGGAGACCCGGGAGCUCCCGGGCGGGGUGCUGGAGUGCUUGCGGAAGGUCGCCCCGGCGCACGGCUGCCUGUCUUUCGAGCGCUUCGUGGCCGGGCUCCGUUUCUCUCUGCUGAACCCGGAGAACAAGCAUCAAGCUUCGCCGCUGAAGCAACACCAACAAGCACCGCGGCAGAAAACCCACCCCCACCCCCAACACGGGUCUACCGCGAACAGCAGCCGGGCCAACGAGAACUCGGGAAACAAAGUUCGGCCCCUGGGACCGAGCAACAUUAACAGACCGAACCCGCACCACACCCGCCCGAGGCACAACGAAAAGCCUGUACCUGGAGUGAGGUACGCUAGCAAUGGCAGGAGCCUGGAGCGGGUACCGGUUCUGCACGAAGCGGGUCCGUACCGAACCGGAAAGCAGCAGCAGCGAGUCAGGUCAACCGAGUCCCUAGCUCUGGAAUCCGGGCAGACCCCCAAAUCAGGUACGUCCAUGCCGAGGUCCCAGAGUGAGACGGUGACGGGGCUGGCUGCGGUCCGGAGGCACGGCCGUGGGAGGGACGAGCAGCGCCGGCACACCAUCACCAACGGAGUGGACUACGGCAUGCUAAAGCGUAUGAAGGAACUGGAACAGGAGAAGGACUCGUUGCUGCAGGGACUGGAGAUGGUGGAGCACGCGCGGGAGUGGUACCACCAGCAGGUCCAGGCCGUGCAGGAGAGGCAGAAACACAUGGGCAAGCACUCGAGCAGCAACGACUUCUUCUCUGAAGCCAGUCAGAGCCGCCUGACCCACCUUCUGCCAAAACUGCAGGACGUGAACCGCUGCCUCGGUGACCUCAUGUCCAGCUCCGGACAGCCCUGCACCUCGUCCCCGAGUGCCCCGGACAGUCUGGCGCCCCCUGCUGCCUCGAACCCGCAGCACGCUACCUCCAGCCUGGCUAACCCGCACCAAGCCAUCAACAUGCUGAAGGAUCAGAACCGUCUGCUCACCAAGGAGGUGACGGAUAAGAGCGAGCGGAUCACCCAGCUGGAGCAGGAGAAGUCUGCGCUCAUUAAGCAGCUGUUCGAGGCACGAGCCCAGAGCAACCACGAGACCAGUGCCCUCGACUCCACCUUCAUCUGACACUGCACCUGACCAGGCUGGACCUGCACCUGAGCCAGCCUGGACCUGCACCUGAGCCAGCCUGGACUGAACAACACUCCAGCCUCCCUCUGUCUAUCUCCCUCUCUCUCCCCCUCGCUUGUAUUCAAGGCUGCUUCCUCCUGUGGACUCUCCCUCCCUCCCUCCCUCCCUCCCUCUUUGUCAGUAUCCCUGUUUUUUGUGUUUUUUUGCCAGUCUCCUGGUGGAAGUGCUUUUAACUCUUUGUUAGGCCACUUUUCUUUACACUACAGUUUCCAUUGCUUCCACUGAACACUGUGUACAAUACAGGUCCAGCCACUGCUGGGUCUCUGAGGGCUCCACUCACUGGCUGUACAACCCAGUGGAAACCCAGCAUUAGAUAGUGAUUACCCCCCCCCCCCCCCCCCCUCUCAGUCUGGAACGUUACUGCCCCCCCUGUGGCAGCAUGUGGAAGAAACACACAUUAAGAAUGCUGUUCUUGAAGGAGGUAGACCUACAGUAACCCCUCACUGCACUGCACUCAAGUUUUAAUAUGCCUUGGAAAUGGCUUCUUUGAUUUUAAUGAGCUCUGAAUGAAUCCUGUCCUUGACUGCCUGCCCGAGUUCUCGGGUCCACGCCCCCCCCCCAUUUCUCUCUCUCCCUCUCUCUCUCUCUCCGCGGUGCUGUCGGGUCAGGACCAGUCUCCUGUGUAGUACUGCUCGGUUCAGAGAGAGCUAGCCGGGCUCUUCCGCAGGCUCCAGUCCAGGUUUUGCUGUGAGCUUUAUAAUCGAAUGUCUGGUUUUGACAAGGGGAGGGGUGUGAAGGAACGCCUCCAUACAAACCAGUCUGUCAGCCAGCUCCCUAUCCUCUGCAGCCUGCAUCAGGAUUGACUCUCUGAGUCAGACAUUGAACACAAUCUCUGACACUCCAUGCAUUCUCACUGGAGAUCCUGCAUUACUCAGCCUCGCUGGACAUCAGCCUUAGGAAAGACUCCUACAAAAGCACAGCAACCUGUAAUACAGCACAGCAACGUGUAAUAAAGCAUAGAGAAGCAUUGUAAAGCACAGAGAGGUCUGGUAAAGCAUAGGGAAGCAUUGUAAA